GUAUUAGGCAGCAGCGCUUCUUUUAGCUCCUGUGAGUCUUCUGAGCUGCUGGGAAUUCAUAAGCAUGUGAAAUUCACUGCAGCUCUCUUUCAGGAUUUUGACAAAGCCUGCCUUCAUAAAUGCUGGACCCUGGGGAAUUUUCCUGAGUAAUUCUGCAGAAUAGUGUUGCACUUCUUUGUUACUCUGUUAUUAUAGGAGACUAUGGAUUGAAAUGGUGCAAUGCUCCGUGAGACAGUGUGGCGAGUUUGGAUCUGUUGGAUAUUGAUGAGUUUUGGGCCUCAGUGGGGAGUUCAGAGCACAGGUGCACAUAGCUGCCACGAGGUUAAAACAGCUUUCCAUCUGCGGCAGAUUGGCCCUUUAAAAUGGGUCCCAGAAACAGCGGCAACAGAUGCGGAGCUCCAAAUCUGCAAACACCAGGGUCCAACCUGCUGCACACGCAAAAUGGAGGAGAGCUACCAUGCUGCUGCACGCAGAGGCACAUUGCAGAACAUUCUCUCCUACAGCCUUGAGCUGAAGUACCUCAUCAUUGGCCAUGCUGCAGCCGUCCAGGACACCUUCCAUUCCCUGCUGUCUUUCACACUCAACCACACUCUCUCACUCCUCGACCUUGCCUACGAACCAAUCGCCGCUGAGUCCCGUCCUUUAGUCUCCACCCUGUUCUCUGACCUCGCCCUCUACCUGCGUGGCAACGAUGACGUCUCUGUCGUCCGGUCUGUGCGCCACUUUUUUGAUGAGCUAUUCCCACUGGUCUAUCGACACCUGGUGAACCCAGGGCUGGCAUCCUCCAUCUGGUCAGCAGAGGGUGCAGAAUGCCUCCGUGCCACAAGGCAAGACCUCAACCCAUUCGGCCCUCACCCGCAGGCACUGGGACAUGGUCUGGCACGGGUAUUAGGGGUCGGUCGAUCACUCAUGCAGGCGCUAACGGUGGGCGUUGAUGUCCUGAACGCCUCAGAAUCAGCAGGCAUGGCAAAAGAUUGUGGAAAGGCAAUAGUAAGGAUGCAGUUCUGCUCACAUUGCAAGGGGCUCACACUGAUCCGGCCAUGCCAGGGGCUCUGCCUGAAUGUGAUGAGGGGUUGCCUGGCAGGACUGUCAGAGCUGCAAGGGCCAUGGAGCCGCUACAUAGCUCUUCUGGAGGGCACAAGUGCAGCACUGGCUGGAGGGCAUGAGCUGGAGCUAACUCUUCUCGGUAUUCGUGAGAGGAUCAACGAUGCCAUUCUGAGUGCCCAGCUGAAUGGACCACAUCUCAGCGCCAUUGUGGAAAAGGUGUGUGGUCCUCUCACCGAGUCUGCCUCGUCCACUCAAGAAGGUCCAACACACCAGAGUCCUGCAGUCUUAGAACAGAGUUCGACUGUAGAGUCAGUCUCCUCCAUCCCAUCCUUGAGCCCUACAGUACAGAACAAUUCUGAUGAUCACCGAGACAGCCAUGUUACACUGAGGAAAAGAUCCUUGCCUCUAAAACCUUCCAAACAUGACAAGCCCAGAAGUCUGAAGAAGAUCUCCAAGGAGUUUAUGAGUCACAUUCAGAGGUACAAGUCCUUCUUCUCCAUGUUGCCAGAGGUGCUAUGUGACAGUGAGAUGGUGCUAGAUGAAUACACCUGCUGGAACGGGGAGGACGUGGUGGAGAGUUACACAGGCUCUGUGGUGGGGAAUGGCCUCCAGGCCCAAAAACACAAUCCUGAGAUUAAGGUCAGAGGUGUGGACCCAGUUUUAACCGAGGCCAAAGAGACACUGGAGAGAUUUAAUCAGGAUAUGUGGGCUGAAACGGGACUGGAUGAUGAUCAGCAUAAACGCUUGAAUGUGGACGGCGGCAGCGGAACCGAAACCAGUGGCGAAUGUGAUGAUGAAGAUGGGUGUGAAGGUUCAGGAGAGGAUGAAGAUGAAAUAGGCCGUGUCAUCCCCCCCUUCUCAACUCCCUCAGUACAACAAGGUUCAGGAGCAUGCAGUACAGACUCCUCCUCUCUGUUCUCUCUGUCUCUCUUUCCCCUGCUGCUGCGUCUCCUGUAAUCCACAUAAAGCCUCAAGGACACAAAGGAGGACUGAAGUAUGCACUUGCACUGGACACUUAGAUGUCUACAUGUUGAUCCAACCCUCUCCGUCUUGCAUAGCUGUUCUCUACACUAAAACCUCCAGCUCCGGAGAAAGUGCCUUGUUUUUGAUUUCGUUUGUGUUACGAUUUUGCACAUGAGCUUGUGUGUUGUUACCUGCUUUGCUUUGAGUGGCAGCUUAUAGUCAACUCCAAAAUUAUUGGCACCCUUCAAGGCAAAUUAAUUAUUAAAAUUUUGUGUCUAAAUCAUCACACAUGCAGAUUUGUUGAGGUACUUUCUGACACAAUAUACAGUGCUGCCGAAUUCUCAAUUCUGAUUAGUCAGAAAGUGUUGUAUAAAUUUCUAUAACAGCCGCUAUGACAGUAGUGCAGCUGCAAAUUACAGUUUAUAUUAAUGCACUCAUUGUAAUAUGUUAUCGUUUCUAUAGUAACAACUGCUCCACAAUCAUUGAUAUGGUGUACUUUUCUAUAAAGAGAAACCUUAAAGUUUUGACAUCUUGAGAACAGAGGAUUUCACACUUUGUAGUUUCUCUGUAAUAUGUUUUUUCUUUUUGCCUUAUUAACCUGAGAGAGUAAAAAAUAGAUGAUGGUGAGGUAACGACUGUUUAUAGCUGCUAUAACAUAAGUGAUAAAGUGAUCUAGCCUGUUUCAUGGACGUUGCACAACAUUAAAUGUACCUAUAAAUGGAUGAACUGUAUCAUAUGUUGUUCCUUGGCAAAUUGCUGUGGUAUGAGAGGAAUAAAAAGUAUUUGGGAUGUGCUGUUAUGGGAGAAAUUCUACAUUAUGGUGGAAAUAGUACCUCAAAACAUUUGCAGCUCCUUCUUAAAGUUUAAAGCUGGAGUUAUUAGAUGUGAUUCAGAUAAUAUAGUUUCAGUUUGAUUUGUGCAAUCUAAACUGACUCAUUCUGAUAAUGUUUUUAAAAAAAAUAAAUAAAUAAAAUGAUAUGACUCA